UGAAAUGGGCAUGAAAACAACCUUCUACUUGUGGGCUCUUCUGCAUCUCUUCUCAGGUGAAAGCAGUUCAGACCCACAGUGCUGCAGGUCUGGAGAAAAUGUGUACUUACAUCUACAAAAUGAAAAUACAAGUUUUGAAGAUGUAUCAUGGGUAUUCAGCACUAGUGAAAUCGUAGGCAAUUUUAAAUGCAUUUUCAAAUCGUCAGCAGAACUUUUCCAAAACGGGACACUAAAAAUCAGCAACAUCCAGGCAAACUGGAGUGGAGAAUUCACUGCUACUGGUUACGAUGGGAGAGGAGCAAAUACUGUGAAAGAGACACAUCACCUGCUUGUACUCGAUCCUCCAGAGGUUCAUUUAACUGUGUGUAUCAAUGGAACAUCAGUGUUUUACUGUGCCAAUGAGAAUGGCCAUGAUGUUACACACACCUGGACUGUCAAUAACAGUGCCCUGGGAGAAGAGACUCUAUUCAAUAACAGUAAUAAGCAUGUAAUUCUAGCGAACAUGUCUGGAACUGUCCGCUGCUCUGUGGAGAAGAAGGGCUGCAGUUUUCAUAGUUGUCAGGUCUACGAGAAUCUAAGGAUGGGGGUGACGGAGCACUUCCCUUUGGACAGGUGGACAGGUGGAUAUGAGAACUUCAGCCUGGUGGUGGAUGAGAGCAGGAGGAGGUGUGAGUACAUGAGUUCUAAUUUGACAGGCUAG